AUGUUCCUUGAGCUGGACAAGCGCAACCUUUGCCUGCCUUGCGAGUGGGGCGGUGCGCCAGUGCCCUGUGUCCCAAAGAAUGCGGCCUUCCCUCAGGGGCGCGUGGAGUCCUGCGAGAUGAGCUGCGAGCAUCAGCAGCUGGUCUCGAAGGUUUCAGACUGCACUGACGUCAGUGGCGACAUCAUCAAGGACGACUGCUUUGCCAAAGGCACCAGCGCCGGUAUCUCCUGA